UAGUUGGAAUGUUCCGCUAGGAAGAAGGGAUUCAAGAACUGCAAGUCUGGCAACGGUUAACACCGACAUUCCCGGACCAAAUUUUAAUCUCAGUCAACUCAUCAACUCCUUCUCCAAUAAAGGCUUUAACACCACAGAAAUGGUUGCUCUCUCAGGAGCGCACACGAUUGGGCAAGCGAGGUGUACGUCAUUCCGAGGCCGUAUCUACAACGACACCAAUAUAAAUGCGACAUUUGCACAAUCAUUGCGUGCAAACUGUCGUCAAAGCGGGGACGACAACAAUCUGGCUCCGCUAGAUGAGACGACUCCGAGAUCGUUCGACAAUAAUUACUAUGCGAUCUUGCAGGGGAAAAACGGACUCCUCCAUUCCGAUCAGGAGCUAUUUACUGGAAAUGGAGGUUCCACGGACACUUCUGUAAACACUUAUGGCUCCGACCCCUCUACCUUUGCUUCGGAUUUUGCAAAUGCUAUGCUGAAAAUGAGUAAUCUCAGCCCUCUCACAGGCUCAAAUGGGGAGAUUAGGACUAACUGUACGAAAAUCAAUUGACAAAUGCCUACUCCUUGUGUGUUGUUAAUUACGUUACAAAAUAAUUAAAGUGUUGCAGUUAGCAUUUGAAUAUCGUUGUUUUGUAUCAAGGGGUGGGUCAUGGGUGGCAUCCAAGGGCAAUCUAGGAAUUACAAGCUAAUUACACAUCUAUUGUCCAAUUGUAUGUUGCUCCAGUUUAUUAUUAGAAAAAUAAUAAUUAUAUCAAAUUCAUGAAAUAAUAAUGAGCUUCCUUCUGUAAGAGCCUUUAAAGCUCAUUAAUAAAUCCUGAGUAUUUGUCAUUUGAAUUUUG